AUGGCCGCCGUAGGAAUAGAUUUAGGAACAACAUAUUCAUGCGUUGGUGUCUGGCAACAUGGUAAUGUGGAUAUUAUAGCUAAUGACCAAGGGAAUCGUACAACUCCAUCUUAUGUUGCCUUUACGGACACAGAACGACUCAUUGGAGAUGCUGCUAAGAAUCAGGUUGCUUUGAAUCCAAAUAAUACAAUAUUUGAUGCAAAACGUCUCAUUGGUCGUAAGUUUGACGAUCCCAAGAUACAACAAGAUCUCAAACAUUGGCCAUUCAAAGUAGUAAAUGAUGGCGGAAAACCAAAAAUUCAAGUUGAAUACAAAGGCAAAACCAAACGUUUUGCCCCAGAAGAAAUUAGUAGCAUGGUUCUCAUUAAGAUGAAGGACAUUGCAGAAGCCUAUUUGGGAAAACAUGUCAGAAAAGCUGUUAUAACUGUACCUGCUUACUUUAAUGAUUCCCAAAGACAAGCUACUAAAGAUGCUGGGGCAAUUGCUGGAUUAAACGUCCUUCGAAUCAUAAACGAACCAACAGCUGCUGCGUUAGCUUAUGGUUUAGAUAAAGAUCUCAAGGGCGAGCGAAACGUAUUGAUAUUUGACCUUGGUGGAGGAACAUUUGAUGUAUCAAUCCUGACAAUUGAUGAAGGUUCUCUAUUUGAAGUUAAAGCAACUGCUGGGGACACUCAUCUUGGUGGUGAAGAUUUUGACAGCAGGCUGGUUAAUUUUCUUGCGGACGAAUUUAAAAGGAAACAUAAGAAAGAUUUACGAAUGAAUCCCAAAUCACUUCGACGACUUAGAACUGCAGCUGAGAGAGCUAAACGUACACUAUCCUCCAGCAGUGAGGCGAGCAUCGAGAUUGAUGCUCUCUAUGAAGGAAUCGACUUCUUUUCAAGAGUGUCUAGAGCACGAUUUGAAGAAUUGAACUCGGAUUUGUUUCGCACUACUUUAGAUCCUGUCGAAAAAGCUUUGAAAGACGCUAAAUUAGAUAAGACCGCUAUACAUGACAUUGUCUUAGUGGGAGGUUCCACUCGCAUACCUAAAAUACAGAACUUGUUGCAAAACUUCUUCAAUGGAAAGAAGUUGAAUUUGUCUAUUAACCCUGAUGAAGCAGUAGCAUACGGGGCAGCCGUACAAGCCGCUAUUUUGAGCGGAGAACGUCAUUCUAAAAUCCAAGAUGUUCUUUUAGUGGAUGUGGCUCCUUUGUCGUUGGGAAUUGAAACGGCCGGCGGCGUCAUGACAGCAAUAGUUGAACGAAACGCUAAGAUACCUUGCAAACACUCUCAGACCUUUACCACUUACUCAGAUAAUCAGUCGGCAGUCACCAUCCAAGUUUAUGAAGGUGAAAGAGCAAUGACAAAAGACAACAAUUUGCUGGGAACAUUCGAUCUUACUGGUAUUCCCCCAGCGCCACGUGGCAUUCCUCAAAUAGACGUUGCAUUUGAUUUAGAUGCAAAUGGUAUUCUCAACGUUUCUGCUAAAGAAAAUAGUACAGGGAAGAGCAAGAACAUAGUGAUAAAGAACGAUAAAGGUCGUUUGUCUCAAGCCGAGAUCGACAGAAUGUUGUCUGAUGCUGAGAAGUAUAAGGACGAUGAUGACAAACAAAGGGGUCGCGUGUUAGCCAGGAACAAGUUGGAAACAUAUGUAUUUAAUGUAAAGCAGGCGAUUGACGAUGCGGGGAGCAAGUUGGGCGAGAUGGAAUGUGCUAAGAUUCGUCGUAAAUGUGAUGAUACUUUACGUUGGCUGGACAGUAACUCGCUAGCUGAGCAGGAUGAAUAUGAAGCCAAGUUUAAGGAGGUUUCUCAAGAGUUUUCUCCGAUUAUGAGGAAAAUCCACGGGUCUUCUUCAAAGACCGGGCAAGGUGGCAGCGACGGACCAGUCAUCGAAGAAAUAGAUUAG